CUCAAUUUUCAAGAAGCCGAAAGUCUGCAAAAGUCAAGAAAUAUCGCAAACGCUGCAGUUGCAUAAAUGUUGCCCUUCUCUUCGUCACGCGAAACUGUUUAAGACAAUUUACGCAUGUAUGUGUCUUUGGUUAAACGACAUGACAUUUUGGAAAAUGGAGGGCCCAGCCCGGUCCGCGGGGCCCUCUAGGCGGCCGCCACCAUGCAUCACCUGUACCCGACCACCAAGGGCGACCCGCUGUGCCCGCUGGGCUUCCACCCGCAGGUUCGCUGGCCCACCCGCUGCAAGCGCUGCUUCAGGGACUACAAGGAGCACGGCAACCGCAACAAGGAGCAGGAUGUCACCGCGUCCUCGCCCAGCCUGUCCUCCUGGAGCUCGACCUCCUCGCGACUUCGCGAUGACGGUCGAGGCGACAGUGGCAUCAGCAGUAGUAGCAGUGGCCUGCGGUCAGGCAGCAGUAGUAGCAGCAGCAGCAAUGCUGUACAGGACAGUAGAACCAGCUCCAGUAGUGCAACGUCUUCAAAUGACUCUAGGUUUGGGAACACUAGUCUGUCUCGGCCAGCGUCGUCUUGGACUUCAACCCCAGAUUUGGGAAAUCUUAAUGACGAUAACCUUACAACCACCGUGAGCAUAACAUUGCCCAGGCGCCGACCUGCACCUCCCGAUACUGGACAGACAAAGGAGAAGGAAGAAGAUAACUUUCGAAGCACAAGUUUCACCGUUCGGAGACGAACAGCUUCUCCCUCUCUACCUGGCCCGACCCGCAAAAGCUCAUGGGCCUCUUCUUCCUAUAACUCAACUAAUGAUACUAACAACAACAAUCAACAUAGAAAUUCCAAAGAAGAUUCAUUAUCAUCUAGCAGUAUCAGUAACCAAACCUUAUCAGGCAGUGGUGGUCUGCGAAGUAGACCUCCCCUUGCCCCAUCUUCAGCUUCUUCUGCAUCAAAAUCAACAAAAGAUCUUUCUGCAAAGACAUCUACAAGAACCAAGACAGCUGGAAUCAAAGCAGACCAAAAGGAUGCUGUUACAAGUCCAGACGUUCAGUUCAUACUUCAGGUUAAGGGAUCAAAAGCCACAAAAACCAAAAGUAAAGCUAAGACAGCUCAAAGUUCUACUCCAACUGUCAACAACUCUCACAGUUCGAGCUCUGGAGAAGAUAGUCUGAAUGAAGACGAUGAUGAUAUUAGCAUUGCAGGGACAGAAACGACAGAAACUACGGAAACAACAUUAGUAGAUCGAAAUGACAGUGAUUUGCAGGAUCAAAUUGAGAGUCUCAAGGCAGAGCUAGAUGCUGUUAAGACACGAUGUGAAAGAGUUGAAAGAGAGAAGAGUGAUAUACUACUUAGAAGACUUGCUGCUAUGGAUACUGGACCGAGUAAGACAGCAGCUUCUGAGGUUCUGAAGCUUCAACAGAAAGUAAAUGAGUACCAAACAAGAUCAGAGGAUUUAUUAGAUGAGAAAAAAACCUUGAGUUUACGAGUUAAAGAAUUGGAAGAAGAACUUAGUAACAGGCCACUACCAGGUGCAAACCAACGGGCUACAGAUGAAUUACGUUCCAAACUUCUAGCUGCAGAAACUCUUUGCGAGGAGUUAAUGGAUGAAAAUGAAGAUAUGAAAAGAGAAUUAAGAGACUUAGAGGAAGAAAUGGAGGAACUGCAAGAUAAUUUUAGAGAGGAUCAAGCAGAUGAAUACACAUCUUUGAAAAAAGAAUUGGAACAAACAGCUAAAAAUUGUAGAAUUUUAUCUUUCAAACUACGAAAGUCUGAACGAAAACUAGAGUCUCUUGAAAAUGAAAAAGCAGAGUUUGAAAAGAAACUUCAGGAUUUGGGUGUUGGUGAAGACAUGACUGAGAAAGCUAAUAGAAUUCGUCAUUUGGAACAAGAACUAGCUCUCUCUAAUGAGGUUUCAGCACGGCUACAGCGUGAACUUGAGGAUACUAACAACAGACUUAAAGCAAGAGAGGAUUCUAAAGAUGAGCCCAAACGUAAAGCACCCAUGCUUGGCAGUUUGCCGAAAGUUCCCUCAGGAGAGAAAGUCUCUAGAGAAACCCUUACAAGAGGAGGUUCUCAAGAUGAUCCUGCUCAGCUGCUUAGAGACCUGCAAGACUCAGUGGAAAGAGAGGCUGACCUUAGAGAGCAAUUGAAGUUUGCCGAGGAAGAGAUCUUUAAGCUGCAAAUCAAGUAUAAGCCAAGAAUGAGCAAGCAUGUGAUGACCAAACCAAGAUCACAGCAUGAGAAGUUAGAAGAAGGGAAUGAACCAGCAUUUUAUCAGCUGCCUGCACAAUCUCAACCUAUCCUUCAGUCCUUGUCCACACAAACUGAUCCAGAACUAGAAUCACCUAUGUCCAUGUGGGAUACAUAUGAUGAUUUAACUGAAAAUCAACCAAAAAUGUCGGUUGCAGCUGAUGUCUUCAUGCUUUCUGUUUCUAAACAUGCGCCUGGUCUUGCUCCAGUGGUUAGAGCUUUAUUAGAUUCCCUCCUCAUCUUUCUCUCAAAUUUACCUAAUUCAUUGCUUUGUGAUGAUGAUUUAGAAUUUUACGAUGCUAUUGAACCGAUUUAUGUCCCUCAUGAUCUUUUAACUCUUCUCAAAGUAUUUUUUGUAAUUGAAGAUGUGCUUACUUCUAGACGUCAUGUUGAAACUGCUGAAGUUUCCAUUGAAUGUGAACUAGAUUUUGCUGUAAAUAGUGUGGAAACUGCAGAUGCCACUACUGAGUGCAAAUUAGAUUACACAGAACAGUGUCGGGAAACUCAAGAAGUUGCCUUUGACAGUGAGCUAGAUCAUACUGGAAACUUAUUGCAAAAUUUUUCUAAUGCCGCCGAAAAUUUAGCUGCUCUUGUUACAAAUGAGGAAACUGUUGUGUUUGAGUCCACGGCUAUUCACGACGUUUCUACAGUUCAAGAAACAGAAUUUGAAGAGGAAACCAACAUUAGUCAUAAUCUUUAUUGUCCAAACACGUCUGAAAAUUCUGAAAUUUCUGCAGGAAUAGGUGAAACCAUAAUCAAAUCUACUCUGAAUCUUUCAAAUAUUUCCUCCUCAAACUCCUCAACUCAAACUGAAUUUUCUUUACUUGAUGUUCUUGAUGAUAUUUCAUUGAAGGAACUUAUUCAUGCACAUCAGAUGUCUUGUAAUAUGACCGAUGCCUUCACUCAGGCUGAUUCUUUUGUAGAACUCGCCAGGGAGGAGGUCUCUACAAACUCUGUAAAUAGCAUUGAGAAGCGCAUUUGUGUUGUUGCACCUUUGCAAGACUCAACUGACUGCCUGGCAGUGUCCGCAGGAUGUGUUAUGUCUGAAAUUAGUACACAAACAGAACCACCAACAGUGGUUUUGGAUCAUGAUUUAGAUGUCAUUAAUUGCAAAUCACCUGAUAGUUUAGAGGUGGAGCUAAAAAUAACAUCUCUCCUGAAUUCUCUUAAUUCAAUAGCAGAAUCACUGGCACAUGAGAAUCUUUCUGAAUCUCAGAGUCUAGAAGCAAACAACCUUCUUUUACAUAUGGAAACCACUAUCCCAUGUCUCGAAUCACUUAUCUCUCCUCCUGUUACUUCAGAAAACUCUAUUUCCGAUUCUAUGAGUCCAGCAGUAGCCCCAUCUGCUCCCAUUGUUGACUUUGAUUUAAGUCACUAUCAAUUUAAUACUGAUGAGGAUGGCCUAACACCUGAUGUUGACUCUUGGGGGCCCCCUGCUCUAUUGGGUUUAAAUGGAGUUGAUGCAUCCAGUGAGAUUGAAGAGAAUACUGUUCUUAUAGAGGAAAUUGCUAGUCCUCCCUUAUCCAUGGAUGAAGCUUCUACUUGGUCAGUAUGGCCACUUAAAUCACCAAAUACAAAAACUGAUGAUGGAAAGCAUGUAGACAGUUUGCAAAUUGCAGCCUCUGGACAAAAUCUUUCGAAUUUAUGGGCUGUUUCCCCAUGUUCACAAAAUAAUAGUGAGACUAGUCUUUCCCUUCCUAUCUAUUCCCUUGCAUCUUGGUGGAGAAUGCAGCUGUCUCUAGGCUGGGUUUUUCCGCCUGGCACACUUUUUUCAAGCAGUUCGCCUAUGGCUGCCCUUCUUACUCCACUAGCUCGUCGACACAGUCCAACUCCCAAUCGUCUUACUCCUGAACCACCAGUUGAGAAGGACGAAGGAAUAUCUGAUGAAGAAGACCCAGCAGAGCUUCGUUUGCUUUUGGAACUGAAUGAACAGGAGGCAGCUGUUUUAAGAAGGAAAGUUGAAGAUCUGGAAUCUGAGGGUGAUAAAUUGAAACGGAAAGUAAAAGAACUGCAGGACAAACUUACUGCUAAAAACAGUCGUAAGGGAUCUGCAUCCUCUCUCUCCAGUUUGAAUGAAAACUCAUCAAGCUCAGGUCUCAGUUCUCUGCAUGAGAAAAAGAUUAAGGUAUUAGAAGAGGAAACGUCAGAACUUAGGAAAAAGCUCAUUGAAAAAGAAAGGGAAGCAGAAAGACUUAAUGCUGAAUUGUCAGUGUCUCAAAAGAAAGGAAAAGGGACCCUGGCUAAAACAAAAUCUCUUGAAGGGCCAACUGAACAACAGGCUAUUGAUCUUAAGCGCCAGCUUCAAGUAAUUGAAAAUGAAGCAAUGGUCUUACGUCAACGUACCCAAACACUUGAAGCAGAAAACGACAAGCUAAACUCUGAAAACAAGAGAUUGCAAUUAACGCGUAAUGCCAAGAAUGCAAGAGACAGUAGUAGUAGUGCAGCCGAGCUACGCGUUCUAAAAGACAAAGUCACAUCACUUGAGUCUGAGUUGUCCUCUGCUAACCAAAAAGUAAGAGACCUAGAAGGAGAAAUAAUCAAGGAAGGAAGUAAGAAAGCUAGUUUGAAAAAUGACGAACUAGACAAAAUGAAAGUCCAAAUUACUAAAAUUUCAAAGGAAAAUGAGAAACUGAGUGAAACUUUGAAGAGAUUAAAGGAUGAUGCAGCAAGUAACCUUUCUGAAUUUUACAAAGCAAGAGCUCCUAAGAAACCUACUGAUGCAACUACUAAACUGCAAAUGAAGAGAAUGGUAGAAGAAUUGGAGAGUGAAAUAGGUGAAAUGAUAGUCGCACUAAGGAUAUCAGAAGAAAACAAAACAAAACUCAAAGGCGCUGAUGCAUUAAAUGAACUCAAGGAAGCAAAAAUUAAAGUUGAAAAGGAGUUAGCUGAUAUUAGAAACAAGCUUGAUCAAAAGGAGAGAGAACUGGAAGGAAGUAAGGCAGCAGCUGCAGAAGCAAAGAGGAAAUUUGAGGAGGAAGUACUACGAUCAUCUAAAGACUUUAAGAAGAAAGAAGAAGAGAAAAAUAAGUUGGAGAAGGAAAAGGAUAAAAUAAAGGAGGAAAAUGAAAAACUUAGGAAAGAAAAGAAAGAUGUGGAGGAUCAACUUUCCAAACUUCUCACUGAAAAGAAGGCUGCAAGUAGUUCUGCUCAAGGAGAAAUGUCUGCUCUUGCUCAAAGGCUUGAAGCUGUGACUCGUCAGUACGAGGAGGAGAAGAAACAAGCUUCAGCUUUUAAGAAACAGUUGGAUGUUGCUCAAAGGGCUGAACAAGAAAAGUCUAAGUUGCAGAAGGAGAUGAUAGAAAAAUCUAAACAGCUUUCAGACAUUGAGCAGAAGUUAAAGGAGAGUGAAGAAAAGCUGAAAAAGUCUGAGGGUCUUUUGACUUCAAGGAAAGAAAAAAUAUCAAAACUAGAGAAAGAGCUUGAAUCAGAGCGGAAAGGGGCUACCGAUUCAGCAAACAAGUUGAAGGCUGAAAUGGAAGAAUUAAAAGAUGCUCGAGGGAAACUGCAGACAGCUGAGAUUGCCCUAGAGGAUACCAGAAAGCAACUGGCAGUGAAGACUGUACAAAUGGAACAACUGGAAGCGAGUUUGAAAGAAGAAAGAGAACGUGCUACAGAUGCUACAGUAAAAGCUGGCUCUGCUGUCGCCAGGGAGGUGAGUGCCCUUCGAGAGGAACUUGCCGAAUCCAAAACAAAUUUGCAGAACUUGAAGGAGGAGCUGGAGGAGGCUGAAAAAUCCAAGAAAGCCUCGGAAGAAAAACUCAAAGUAAUUGAAAAUCAAUUAGUGAAAGAAAAGAGAGAAAUUGAGCAGAGGGUAACAGAUUUAGAAGUCGAACUUCAGACUGAAAAGAAAAAAUCUGACCGUUCUCGCCUUAACAAUGAAAAAGAACUUAAGAGUAAAGAGACUGAGUUAAACACUUUAAGGAGCAAAGUAAAAACACUAGAAAACAACACAGCACCUGCUAAGGUUACUGAAAGUUUGCAGCAACAAGUCUUAGCACUGCAGCAGGAGUUGUCCUCUGAAAAGCAAGAGUAUGAAGAUCUAACUGCUAAAUAUGAAUUAUUAGAAGAAGAACAUGUGGUUACUAAAUCUCAAUUAGUGACUGAGAAACAAUCUCUUGAGAGACAACUUGAAACUCUGGACACAGAACUAGGGGCAGUUCAGUCCCAGUUGCGUACUUUACAAGACACUUAUACUUCAAAGCAAGAUGCUUGGAUCAAAGAAAAACUUGAUAUGGAGGAACAAAUGAAAGAAAUUGUGGAGAAGUCAAAACGAGGAAAUGCAGAUACAUGGCAACUUGAGCGUCAGAAACUCAUGGCAAUCUGUGAUGAGAAAACUUCUGAACUUGAACAGUUAAAGCGAGAAGGCCAAGGUCUUCGAGAUCAAGUAGACCUUAUGAGAAGAGAAUCUGAGGAUUUGCGCCGCAAAUUAGAUGACUAUGAGAAAGUGGCAGAAGUUCAAAGACGCAUGACAGCAGAUUUCAAUGAGAAAGAGAAUCAAUUGAAGGAUCUCAAAAAUAAGCUACUCCAAGAGGAGAAGGCUCGCAAGACUGAAGUAGGACAAUUGAAAAUGCGUUAUGACAGUCGGGUGUCUCUAAUAACAGAAGAACUUAACUCUCUCCAAUCACAAGUGACAAGAUUUAAACGGGAACGUGAUACUUUCCGCCACAUGCUCGAUGGUGCACAGAAAACAAUUUCUGAGCUAAGGUCAAACCCUGGAGCUAGCAAACGUCUGUCAAGCAUUAGUUCUGCUGAAGAGUCUGAAGAAGCUCGUUCUAAAAUAGCCACAUUGGAACAACAAGUAGCCUGUCUAGAGGAUGAGCUGUCAGAAUCCCGUCUUGUGGCAUCAAAACUGAAAACAGAGCUGGUUUCAGAGAGGAGUGCAUGGGAAGUGAAAACGUCAGAAAUGCAGUCUAAAGUUAAUGAGCUUGAGGAAGACAGACUUGUGGCAAGUGGGCGAACAAAAAUACCAGGUAUGAAGACAAGAAUGGAAUUAGCAUGGCACAAAGAGCGGGAAGAACAAACUAGGUUACUACAAGAAACAUCUACACUUGCUCGUGAUCUAAGGCAAACACUCUUUGAGGUUGAAAGAGAGAGGGAUAAGGAACGACUUGAAGCCAAACGAAGAUUAGAUCAAAUUAAGAAAACUACAGAGGAGGAGCAAGAAGAAAAUCGCAAGAAAGUUAUGGAGCUUCAAUGUGAUUUAUUGGAACUUCGAGAUGCUCACGCAAAACUGCGUACAACCAAUGAAAAGCUACGUAGAGAAAAAGAAAGAUGGGACCGAGAAAGGGACGACUUGAGACAACUUGCUUCUGCUCGACGGCGAGCAGAUAAUGAUGAAGAUAGAAAAAUACAGCUUCUCCUUGACCAGGUUGAAGAACUAAUGAGACUGUCCCCAGAUAUGCUUUCCUACAGGCGUGGUUCUUCUCAAGCAUUAGGGACUCCCACACCUCCAGUGCGACUAAAGGGUCCUAAAUCACGGGAAUCUUCUCCUCUAACUGAAAGAAAGGACUACAGCAGAGAGCAAUCUCAGUCACGAGAUGAUUCCAAGGGAAAUAUGCAGUCAACUCUCCAGCGCCUGAUUGAGGUUACUGAUGAGCUAAGAAGAUAUCAACGUGCAGAUAGCCAAGAUAGAGAUAGGGAGAGAGCAAGACGAGUUCUGGGUAUACGAAGGGCUGCAUCUACUGAAUCAGAUACAGCAGCUGAAGUCCCAGCUGAAACUCGGAGCAAACCAAGUGUGGGAAGAGGAGGAGCUGGGCUUCAGAGGAAGGGUAGUUUAUUGCGUAAGACACUCUCCCUAGAGCAAACCAGCAACGCUAAUGAACAGAAUUUCUGGAAAGGAGAUGAUGAGGAUGGAAGUGUCAAUAGUUUACAAAGCUUAGAUGAUGACCCAAGAUUAGCAAUUAAUAGAAGAGACAACAGCAUGGACAGUCGUUUGUCUGGUGGAUCCACACAAAGUGAAGUCCUUCACUCAGGAGAUAAGAAAAAGAAAAAAGGCCUUCUAGGAAAAUUAACAAAGAGACUUACCAAAUCAAGAAGUGUUGAUGAAAACGACCCUCGAGAUCUUUCUUUAGAAUCCCUACACAACAAGGAUGGCUCUGAUGCUAGCCUAAAUACUUCAGAAGAUCCUAAAGGUAGUAAAAGGGAUCUGAAAGAGCGACUGACUGGGAUGUUCAAGAAAGGUUCUUCUUCCAGAAGUAACAGUGUUGAGGAUAGGCAGCCUCAUGGCUUGCCAUUGCCUCCACAUAGUAGUUCCAGGUCAUCAAUCUUGGAGCGAAAUGCGAAACCUCCUCCUUCUGAGUCUAAACAACGUUCUCUCGCUAGAGCAUCUCCCUCUGGCAGCGACACCGGCCAAACUUCUAGCAUGUCAAGACCACUAGCUGCCAAGAAAACUGGUUUGACCGGUGCCUCUUCGACUACCUCUAAGAAGUCCAAGUGAUUGUCUAUUUUUCCUUAUGUCCAUGUAUGUUUUAGCCACUUUAGUGGAUUUUGCAUCACCAUAUCAUUUCCAUGACCCAAAUACAUCAUUCGUUCUUGACGAUGCCCAACCCAGAAUUUGUACAUGUCUUGUUAUUCUACUGUUUUAUUAUUAUUUGUUGAUAAUUUGUUUCUUUUUUUUUUAGACAUUAAAAUAUAUAUAUAUUAUUGAA